CGGUGGCUCGUGACCUCAUAGCGCGCCUACCGACUUGCCGCGGUGCACUCGGCCCGAACACAGUCAGCGGGCAUCGCGCGCGCCGUUCUUAUCCGGACGAGAUAAAAUAUAUAAUAUUUUUUAUAAUACUUGUAAAUUAAUAUUUAACACGGUACCUAUACCUCCUAUACUCUGCCAGUACCUACCGUCAAAAGUGUGUCGUGUGUCUUUGAUUUUUCUUUUUUUGGUUUUGGCCGUGGCGGAGGAGACGAUGACGACAACGACAUCACAGAAUAUCGCCGCAACAGUGUCGUAUUCGGGCAACGCACCGUCGGUUCUCCAUAACAGUGUUAUUAAUGUCUUUAUAAUAACAAAACUCGGUUCGUUAUCGUACCUCGGUGGUGUACACUGAAGAAACGUCGUUCACGCGAGAGUGCAGCUGCAGGCCCGGUCGGGAAAGAAGAAUAUAUUAUUAUAAUUUACAAACAGGAUCAUCUGGCUGCAGUCUAUUCGUAUUCGGUGUAUUAUAUUAUUUAAUAUAAUAAAGUUAUUAAUCAGUAUAGCGGUCGUGGUAAUAACCGAAGACCGCGGACGAGAUGACCAAUCCGUAUUCCCGCCCAACGGUACAGCCACACAUCGAAGAUCUGCCGACCGAUUGCGGAUUGCAGUGGCUGGGAUAUUCAUUAUGUCGGUCUUGGAUUAGAUGCGCUACAGCUGGAAAAUAUUUAACUACCCUAACACUGUUUGUUUUCUUCCAAACGGCAUCACAGAGAUAUUUUUUUUCAACUUUAGAAUCGAGAAGUUAUAAUAUACCUAAAGAUAUAACAAAUUGGCUAUGGAUUCUCAGUGGAUUUGUUCAUUUGACAUUGUCUACAUACGUUGGAUACCGAGGGGGUAAACGCAACAAGAAUUCGUGGAUUGCAUUUUUUGGAAUCUUGCAAGGGAUUUUUGCCGUCUUACUAGCAUUGAUUAAUGCGUCCGAUCACUAUAGCUUUCAACGGCCAUCAGCUUUAGUUUUAGCCACUUUGGAUACGCCACUAUGCGACUCCAUUCAUGGCGCCCAUGUAAAAGAACCUUACGUCCCGUUUCACUUGGUAAAAACUUCAGUAUUGUUCUUGCUCCAACUCAGCAUGUCUUUGGGAAGCACAGCCCUAUUGGCAUUAGGCCUAGGUCUACUCGAUGAAUCGGUAACUCCGACCAAAAUACCGGCUUGCAUAGGUGUGGUCAUCGGUUCAUCACUGCUGGGACUCCAAACGGGGUUGAUGGUGGGAAAAUUUGCAUUCCACGUAAGCGCAGACUUUAAUUUGGCUGGUGAUAUCGUGUGGCUCAUUAUUGGUUUGAUUUUGAUGGUUGUAUCUUUCAUCGUGGCUUUAUACCCAAGUAGACUGGUCACUAGCCAAGCUUCGACGUUAAUACGCAACAGCCCAAUUUAUAGAAACAACAGAUACGAUUUCAGGAGCACGCUUGGAAGAAUUUUCAGUAAUAAGUUGAUUUUAUCCAAUAUUGCUGCCAUUGCUUGUGUGUACACAGUAUUGAUCAAUAUGUUGUACGAAGAACCUAAUUACAUGGAAUCGGUGUUUUUCGUACCCAAACACACAACAGAUGCAACUGAUCAAAAUACCAUAAUCAUAGAUUAUUUGAGAUAUCCUUUGGCAGCAGUUUGCGUGUUUUUAUCUGGCGUAUUAAUAUGCAUUACACAGCCAAGAGCUACGUUGUUGGCCGCCUGGAACAUUGGCAUAAUUUGUGUUGUGACUAUAUUAGUUUUCACUAGCAUGUUCUUACGGUGUUCCAAAAUACAAGUACACAAUCAAAUAACACAUAAGUCUGAUUUAAACGAAUUUUGCAAUAAGGAUUGCAAUUGUCCGGACAAUAUUCCAUUUGAACCGGUUUGUUCGUCAAACAGCCAUAUAGUCUAUUACUCACCCUGCCACGCUGGUUGCAGGACUCAGGAUCUAUAUUCUAGACAGGAGUACGUCGGGUGUGCUUGCGUUCAAACCGAAUCCGCUAGCAAGCGUGCUUGUUAUGAUCAUAACUGCCACCAAAUGAACGUUGGGUAUCAAUCGAUUUCAGUGUUGAUUCUGUCACUGUUGGGCACGUGUAUAGUUGGCACAAUCAUUUUAUUGCUCAGAAGCGUAGAACCUGAUGAUCGCACCACAGCUUUGGGAUUCGCAGUGACUUUCAUUUGUUUGAUGGGACAUGUGCCCGGAAAAAUACUUUACAUAUUUGUUGGAAAUUUAACGUGUAUUUUGUAUGACAGCAACGAUCAAUGCCGGUUAAAUGGCUCAGCAACGUUUUCAACCUACCUUAGUCUGUCUAACAUAUGUAUACUUAUGACAUCAGCAGCACUCUAUGCGUGUGUGUGCUUAAUGUCAAGGCCAUUACGUCCGUAUGGAACUUCUGAUUCCGCGAAAAAAUUUAUCGUUAACUCAGUAUCGAGUCCGUUGAGUCCGUUAGCACCGCCAGGAUUUGAAGAAAGAGCACCCACGCCGACCAGAAAACCUCCGAAAAGAAGACCGUCUGAUUUAUCGUUUUCUGCUUCAAAUACUAAUAUUGAUUUUACUAGGCAUACAGACGACUAUUCUCCCAGGAGUCCCGGAACAACGCUUAGAGAAGGGGGCGUUUUAACUACAUUACUAUAAUAAACUUUCAUGAAAAAAUGUGAACAGUGAACACACAUUAACUACGAAGGAGAUAUUAUGUGAUUUGAAUAUCCAAUGGCUCAGAUCGAUCACUGAUACGUAUGCAUCAUGUAUAAUAUAUAUAUAGUUUAUAGGUAUAUAAUAUAUAUUAUAUUAUACUCCAGGUGCCUCAGUAAGCGUAAACAAAAUCAAAAUUAAUUAUGCCAUACUAUUUAAUUUAAAAAUAUACUACGUACCAAUCUAGUCUAUGGCUUAAGCUCUAUAAUAGAGGAUAUAACAAUUUGGUCCUAACUCCUAAUCUAUUAAACUUAAUAAUAAAACUAUGCGAGUUCAAAAAGAGAAAAAAAUUUAAGAAUAACGAAACUCGUGCUUACUCGAUUAAAAGUUGUAUUAAUGGUACGAAAAUAAUCAAAAUUUAUUAACAUUUUUAAAGGUAUACCUAUAAUAAUAUAAUAAUGAAAUAAUAACGGUAAUAUAUGAUACUCAUGUUUCAAUUAAUAAAUUAUGAAUUUAAUUGAAUUUAAAGUUAUACAAUCUGUAAUGAAUAACGAUUGACAUUUGGUUGUAACCACUACAUGUAUUGUUUGGAUAAAAUACGUACCUAUGUUUAAUUAUAAUUUUUUUAUGCAUAAUAUUUUAUCACGAAUUUUAUUUUAAGUUAAUCUCUUAUAAUAUUUACAAAAUAAAAUAGGUAUUUUAAUUUUUCAAUAUUAAUAUGUAUCUGUAAUUAACCGACUGCCUAUAAUUUAUAAUGUAUAAACGUAAUUAUUGGCUGUAUUGUUCAAAUCUAUCAUAAAAAUAAUUAAUUGUAUAAUUGAUAAUAACUUUAAUUUAUUAUGAGUACCUAUGCUAAUCAAUAAGCAUUAAAUUAUAACUUAACAUAAUUUAUCAACAAAUAUUUUGUUAAAACCAAUACUAGAUACAUUUUAAAUUUUAAAUUUUAAAUAACAAAAUAUUGUUUUCUUAGACAGUUUAGUUUAUUAAAAACUACAUGACAAAUAAAUCUAAAAUAUUUAUUAUUGAAAAUCUAUAAUAGUAAAUACCUAUUGAUUGUUUUAUAUAAUAAUUAUAAGGAUUUAUUUACAAAUCAAAGUACUAAAACUAUUUUAAAAGAAUUAAUAAAAUAGAUAAUCCUUGCAGUUAAUUCUAUAAUCUAGUUUAAUAAGACAAAUAGGUACUUACAUGAAGUUUGAACAUAAUCUUUUUAACUGUUUUUUAUACUCAUGUGUUAUGAUAAAAUAUGUUUCAAUUUGUGUUCAUAUUCAAACAUAUUAUGUAUAAUUAAUUAUCGUUAAUUUUUAUCUGUUUUUAACCAUUCCUUGUAAAAUAAUUAAUUAGCUAUACCUUAAUUUAUAUGAUUGAUUUAGAUAAAAGAAUUGAUAUAUGGUUUUAAGCAUCACGUAUUCACGUUAAGUUCAUUUAAGUUCUGUACUUAUUCAAAAUGUAAGCAUAAAGGUAACAGCUUUAAUCAUUAUCAAUAUAUUAUAUAAAUAAUUUUGCUAUGUUAGCAUAAGUUUAACUACUUUGUAAAUAUGAUCAAGAAAAUUGUUAUUAAAUCAUUAGUUACUCAAAGUUACAUUAGUCUGAAAAAAUGGAUCAUUAGACAUUGCAAUAAUUUAGUAAGUAUGUAGUAAUAUUUUCUAAAACCUGUUAAUUUUAUUAAAUUUACAUUGAUAUUUAUUAAAUAUUGUAUUUUCGUUACAUGAGGAUUUCCAUACCCAAACAUAUUAUAUCUAUGUUGUUGAUUUUACACAAUUCUAGUCAAUAGUUCUUUUUCAUACUAUUUAUUUUUUUUAAAGGGAUCAAAGUGUUUAGCUUUGACUAAAUUAGGCCCUUAUUUAAUUAAUUAAUAUUAUGUGUUAAUACAAUAUUGAAUAUACUAUAAAAAUAGAGUAGAUAUUUACUAUUAAUAUUACCUGACUACUGUGUAAUUUAUUAUUAGAGUUCCAUUUAUUUUUAAAAUUAAAAUAACCUUAAUUUACUACUUAUAUUUUCAAAUUUUUAAUAUGACACGUGACUUUAUUGAGGUAAUUUACAACACAAAUUAUAUCAUUGUGAAUAUUUGAUGUUUGGUACUUUCAUCGUUACAAAAUAUAUAUUAUUUAGUAAUUAAACAAUAAUAUUUAUCAUAAUAAUAUAAUUGUAAUUACAAAUAUUUAAAUAAUCAUGUCGACAUGAUGAAAUUAUGAAAAAUUAAAAGAUAUUUUCCCAAAAAUAAUAUUAUGCAUUAUUUUAAUAAUUAUAGUUUAAAGCUUACCAAAAUGUUAAUAAUAAAUUUAUAUGAUUCAUUCUGAAUUAAAUUUUUAACCAAUUACUGUGACGAAAAUGUAAAUUUAAUAUUUAUGGGUUUAUUUUUAAUGUUUACUUACUUUUGUUAUUUUCUUCUUGUUUUAAAAUAUAAUUAUAUUUUUGUGACAUUUUAUAUUAAUAUAUACCUACUUUUUUUGUAAAGUAUUAAUGGUAAUUUUAGAUGUAUUUAAAAAUAUAUUAUGUAUAAAAAAGAA